AUGAUGAAUAUACCAUAUGAACAACCUCAUUUACUAUUUCCAUUGGCCGCUUAUAUUCAAUCUCAGUAUGAACUCAUAGAUCAAUUCGUUCCCGAGCUAGCUAGUUGUGAGAAAAAAGUGGUUCAUCUCACUAACGUUAAACAAUUCGAAGAUUUACUAUACCAUUUAGAAUCCACAUUCCUCGCUAAUGAUGAAAAGGGCGGAGAAUCGUACCUUAAGAUUCCAUCUAUCGACAUAUUUCGGAUUUUAAUAACUCUUGCGUCUAGAUGCCUGUCUACGAAUUUUACUCAUGGGUCUGCUUCUAUAGAUGGUUUGAUUGCAAAUAGCGAAUAUAUUAAAAACUUGAAUGAAGAAUAUGAAAAUUGUAUAUACAAAUCUCCUAUCAGAGAUAGAUGCAUAACGAUCAUGAGAAGUUACAUGAAUUUACUAAGUGCUUCUAAAUCACCCAUUACAGUUGACAUGGUUUAUAACCUAUUUUUGGCCGCAUUGAAAGAUUUCAUAAUUCAGCCAAAAUUUUUUCAUAUCAGGGGCACACUUCCUAAGGACAAAUAUUUAGGGUCAAAUAGAAAUCCUGCCAGGCGUCAAGAAACAAAUAUAGAGCAAAGCCAUGAUAUUAUAAGUGAUUCAGAAGAAGAACCUCCGUCGUUAGUAAGCAAUACCUCUAAGGAUAUUGCAAAUGAAGUCAAAAAGUUCCAACCCUACAACAUAUCCCCUUUGAGGAAGAAUACUGGUGUUUUUUCCAGUGAUAACCAUAAGAUAUCAGGUUUAAAUGACUCAGCUGUAUUAUUUCAAACCAUGCCUCAUUUGGACAGUGAAUCAGAACUAACGUCUGGUUCAGAUGGCGAGUUGAUCUCAAAGAAACGCAAAGUUCGCUCUAACGUGAGAGAUAAAGAUUCAGCAUUAAGCAAUAUUCGUGUUUUUGGAGAUUAUCUAAUUUCCAGGCAAUUGAACCCAAUAAUCAAUUCUCCAUAUAACUUGUGGAAAUUGAUGCAGUGGACAUUUCAUUGUGCAAAUUUUUCCACUAUGUAUCAGAAACAAUUACUCGAUUCAAAUAGCACUAAUUGUCAUCUUAUUUUUGAGACGUACGCUAAACUUCUCCGGUUGAUAUUUGACUUCCUUUCAUUUAAUUUUACCUAUCACUUGAUUACCGAUAAAAAUUCAAGAAGGUUAUUGAACAUUGAAAUCGAUAAUAAAAAUGAACAUAUUGAUCCAGUUUGCAUUUUCUUUCAACGAGAUCGAAUUUCCAGGAAAGAAAUAAUAAACAUAUUAGAGAACGACAGAAAUAUUCUUCUUCUGAAUCUUAUGACCCAGUUAGGUCCAUCUCGAGUGGAUUGGUAUGAUAGGGUAAUAGAAUAUGCAUUUACUGGAUUAAACAAAGAUAAACCAAAGUCUGAAAGUAGCUAUCAACCACAACCUUGUUAUGAACGGGAGAAGUUAUUAAUAAGACAUGACAAUUUAAAAAAAAAGGUAGAUAAGAAUUAUGCAGUCCAAUAUGAUGAUAAUCUUGAUUCAAUGAAGUUACGUUAUGGAAUAAUAAUAAUUGUAUAUUAUAGGUCGCUAUUCUUUUCCGACGGGAGUUUCAUAAAUGGUUCAAAGGUUGAUGAUUCCUCAGCUUCACAAUUAUCUCCUGAAAUUUUGUUGCAACAACUUAGUUGCAAACUUAUUACCCUUGAUUAUCUGUACCUUAAACAGUUUUAUCUUGCUUACUAUAUGGAAAUUGCGGAGGAUAAGUUCAUAAGUAAAAUUCACCAAUAUCGGAUGAUGCUUGAGUUGACAAAGAUGGUAUUAAUAUCUCUCACUGGGAUUCUGGAAAUCGACAAUUAUUUAUCUGAAAAGGAAAUGUUAAGCACUCACUGUAAUUCUUCGCAGAGUUUCAUAGAUUUAAUUGUUGACCAAAGGCUUUAUCAAGUUCUAGUUGAAGAUGAAACAUAUCCUCAUUGGCAGGACUUUGAGGCAGCAUGGUGUAAAAUGAAUUAUUUACUAGGCUGGCUUCUUGAAUCGUCCUUGUCUCAUUUACAAAAUAAUUCAACUGAGUCGAGUAACUAUAAUGAAUUUGUGGACUACAUUUAUAAGAGGGUUGAAAAAGCAGAUCGCAUGAAAAUCAAAUGGUUUAAUAAAUUCAUCUUAAAUCACUGCGAAGAUAACACCAAAUCCGACAAUAGUCAUGUAGAAUAUCACUUUUACCUAUCGGAUGACGAAGCUCUUGAACUCCUUGUUAAUGAGAAAACUGAUACUAAUUGGGUUAAGCUCAAAGACAUAGUACAAUUGAAGUUUUCAGGUAUACGACAUUAA